UCUCCUCUCGUGCCUUACGGUCUCACUCAACCAGGGUAGUUGAGCUGAAAGGACCGCGCCCAACACAUCUCGACACCAUGGGACUCACACACGACCCAACCUUCCAGAAACUGGAGAAAUGGUACCAUGAACAUGCUCUGCACCUCAACAUGAGGAAGAUGUUUGAGGAAGACAAGGAGAGAUUCCACAAAUUCAGCACAACGCUGAAGACAGAUCAUGGAGACAUUCUGAUUGAUUACUCUAAGAAUCUCAUCACUGAGGAUGUCAUGAAGAUGUUGGUCGAACUGGGCAAGUCAAGGGGGAUUGAGGCCGCCAGGGACAAGAUGUUCCAUGGAGACAAGAUCAACUUCACUGAGGGCCGUGCUGUGCUCCACGUGGCUCUGAGGAACCGUUCCAACCAUCCCAUCAUGGUUGACGGACAUGAUGUGAUGCCUGAAGUCAACAAAGUCCUGGAGAAGAUGAAGGGCUUCUGUCACAAAGUUCGCAGUGGCGAGUGGAAGGGCUGGACUGGAAAGUCCAUCACAGACGUUGUCAACGUCGGCAUUGGUGGAUCGGACCUGGGUCCUCUAAUGGUGACUGAGGCUCUGAAGAACUACUCCAAGGGAGGUCCCCGUGUGCAUUUUGUCUCCAACAUUGACGGCACACACAUUGCCAAAACCCUUGCUGAGCUCAAUGCUGAGACCACCCUGUUCAUCGUGGCCUCCAAGACUUUCACCACCCAAGAGACCAUCACCAACGCAGAGUCUGCCAAGGAAUGGUUCAUUGAGCACGCUAAAGAUAAAUCUGCUGUUGCCAAGCAUUUUGUGGCGCUCUCCACUGCCGGCCCUUUAGUGAAGGCCUUUGGCAUUGAUCCUGACAACAUGUUUGGCUUCUGGGAUUGGGUUGGUGGACGUUAUUCCCUGUGGUCUUGUAUUGGAUUGUCCAUUGCUCUGCACAUCGGCUAUGACAACUUUGAGAAGCUUCUAGAAGGGGCUCACUGGAUGGACAACCAUUUCAAAACAGCCCCUGUGGAGAAGAACGCUCCCAUGCUUCUGGCUCUGCUGGGUGUCUGGUACAUCAACUUCUUCCAGGCCGAGACCCACGCCAUGCUGCCUUAUGACCAGUACAUGCACCGAUUCGCUGCCUACUUCCAGCAGGGUGACAUGGAGUCCAAUGGAAAGUACAUCACUAUUCAUGGCAAACGUGUCAACUACCAUACUGGCCCCAUCGUAUGGGGAGAGCCUGGCACCAACGGACAGCACGCCUUCUACCAGCUCAUUCACCAAGGAACUCGCAUGGUCCCCGCUGACUUCCUCAUCCCUGCCCAGACACAGCACCCCAUCAGGGAAAGCAAGCACCAUAAGAUCCUGAUGGCCAACUUCCUGGCCCAGACUGAGGCUCUGAUGAAAGGAAAGACCACAGAGGAGGCUAAGAAGGAACUGGAGGCCGGCGGCCUGACAGGAGAGGCCCUGGAAACCAUUCUGCCACACAAAGUAUUCCAAGGAAACAAGCCAACCAACUCUAUUGUCUUCAAGAAGCUGAACCCAUUCACACUGGGAGCACUUAUUGCCAUGUAUGAACACAAGAUCUUUGUCCAGGGUGUUAUGUGGGAGAUCAACAGUUUUGACCAGUGGGGAGUUGAGCUGGGUAAGGCUUUGUGUAAGAAGAUCGAGCCUGAGCUGCAUGGCUCCAACGAGGUCCACUCUCACGACUCCUCCACCAACGGGCUCAUUAACUUUAUCAAGAAGAACCACGCCUAACCUGCCCACCACCGUCAUCCAUCCUCCCUGUCCUGCCACCCUGCUGAUGGGGGUGUCUGGAAUGUAGUGAUGGUAGACUCACUGCAGCAUCAGUCACCAUGCAGAGGAGUUGAAGCACUUUCUAUGUCUGUAAUCAUCUGUCUGCGUCCUGUCUGUUUGUUGUGACAUCAGACUGUAUUUUACGUACUGUUGUAUGUUUAAGCAAUAAGGCCCGAGUCGGUGUGGUAUAUGGCCAAUAUACCACGGCUAAGGGCUCUUAGGCGAUACGCAACGCGGAGUGCCUGGACACAGCUCUUAGUCGUGGUAUAUUAGCCAUAUACCACAAAUCCCUGAGGUGCCUUACUGCUAUUAUAAACUGGUUACCAACGUAAUUAUAAGGGUAAAAAUAAAUGUUUUGUCAUACCCGUGGUAUACUGUCUGAUGUAUCACGGCUGUCAGCCAAUCAGCAUUCAGGGUUUGAACCACCCAGUUUAUAGUUAUGGGUUUACCACUGUAAAGGGGAACGCUACUGUAGAGUGAGCCUGUGGAGGGGAGUGUAAACUACAUCCCAGACUGUCCCACUCCACUUAUGGGGAGUAAAGCUUUUAAUUAACAUCUUUACACCAAUCUAUUGUCUGUGUCCUUAGUUGAUUCUAGCCUGCAUUCUGUUCAGAAGUUUUCAGUUGCAGACAAUCCUAGAGGAUGCAUUUAUGUAUGAAUAAUGGAAACCACUUUCAAACCACACUCUCAAUAAAUCCAAUGUGUUUUACUCAUACAGGAAUGAAAGUGUUCCUUUCUGUCCGAACCAUCACUAGAUGGCAUUAGAGGACCCCAGAUUUGGCCCAGUAUAAACAAAACCAGCCUCAGAGCAAAUCACUGCUGUGCUUAUUCUCUGGAACACAGGGUCAGAGGUCAAUCUAUCUCCUAUAUUUUCCAUCCCCACAAAUCCCCAGACAUCACAGACUGUUAAGUAGCAUCCAUACUCAGAGAAAAACAAACAGCAGGCAGAAAUACAUCUGGAAAACAUCAUGUGAUAUGCAGGCCCCUCAAUGUGAGACAGUUUAAUCAUCAUUAAGCUCUAUGAUAUGUGACUAAAACUCCAUUAAACAAAAUGCUCUGUGAAUUUCAAACAAA